CGACACUCCAGCACAAUGUGAGUAGCAGCUCUUUGUAUAUUCGUCUCUAAAGAAACAUCUCUGCCGCAUUGGGAGACAUUUGUUCACAGGUCUGAUGGUGUUUGAGGGACUUCUCUGCAGCGUCAUGUUCAGGGCUUUUAUUUUGGCGUUCUUGGCCCUGGUGGUCGCUGCUGACGGAAGUGUUGGGCCGAGUACCAACAGAAGCUUCUGCACCGAGUCAAAGGAAUGUCUGGAAUAUCAGCUGGUGUGCAAAACAGAUGAAUAUGAGGUGCGACACUACAGCCCCACCCGCUGGGUGUCCACAGAUGCAGAAGCUUACUUCAUGGGUGUGGGUGCAGCCAUGGCCUUCAGGAGACUGUUCCAGUACAUCACUGGAGCCAAUGAGGGAGGUGUGCAGAUGGAGAUGACCGCCCCCGUCCUGGUGAAGAUCCCAGAGGAUACCAAGAUGUGGGAGCCAGCUCUCUACUCGUUGAGCUUCCCGCUGCCGGCAGCCUAUCAGGAGAAGCCACCGACGCCCACCAACGACAAGCUGUAUUUCACGGAGAUGCCAGAGAUGGAUGUAUAUGUGCGGAGCUAUGGAGGCUGGAUGCUGUCGGUCACCUCCAGGCUGCACGCUCACCUGCUGACCAAAGAGCUGGGCAGAGUGCGAGCGUCCUACAAUCACAGCUACCACUACGGAGUCGGAUAUGACAGUCCCUUGAAGCUGUUGAACAGACACAAUGAGGUUUGGUAUGUUGCUGAUGGGGAGCUGGUCUGCACAGAUCCACAGGAGCCGACCCCCCCCCACACACCCAGACCGACUACCCCCGUCUCCCCCACAGACUCUCUGUCCGACCCCCCCACACACACCCUCUCUGACUCCCCCGCCCUCCCCCCCCUCCAACCUUUCCUCAUAUGCAGCAUCCGACUCUUCACAAACUCCCCCGGACCCCCCUGCUCUCCCCCCCUCUAACGCUCCACCCAGUCCUUCGUCCAGCCAUCCCCCCACCGCCACCCACAUCCUGCUGGACCUGACAACCAACUCCUCCGACCCCGCCUCUGUGAGCCCGUCCCUGGAGCCCCGGCACGAUAGCGCCCGGUGGAAUAGCACCAGCCCCGUCCACAGUACCAGCCCCGCCCUCGGCACCAGCCCUGCCCUCGACACCAGCCCCGCCCUCGGCACCAGCCCGGCCCUCGACACCAGCCCGGCCCUCGGCACCAGCCCCGGCCCUCGGCACCAGCCCCGCCCUCAGCUCUCUGGAUACACAGGCUGACAGCAGCCCUGUGGUGGAGCCAGACGCUCAUUAGCAGCUCUCCCCCCCCCCCCCCCCCCCCCCCUCCUCUGCUGCCUCCACAGAGAGAAGUGUUGAUGAAUUAUCACACAGAAUAAUAAAGUCUCGUAGAUCCGGUCACACAGGACGUUUCUCUAAAACCUAAACUCUACUUUAUGUUUAUCUGUGUGAAGCUUUAUGAAACGUUAAUAUCUCAAAGUCUUCAGACUCACAAUGAUUCAUCAUUAAAUCAGUUUAUUAAAGACACGCAGGCUUUUCUCGCCAUCCACAUCAAAGUGUGGAGGAGAAACUGGUCUUCGUCACUCUGCCCCCCCCCCGACGGUCGUUAAACUCAACUCAUCAACACUUUUCUCCGUGUUUUGAUUCUUUGUUCUCUGAGUCAGCAGAGACAAUAAAGUUUUCUUCAGGAGUUCAAGGAAACGACUGACAGACGCUCAGUUAGUGGUGGAGCAGUAACACUGGAGCUGGAGGCUGUCUUCAUCUUCCUCUUCCUCUUCCUCCUCCUCCUCCUCUUCCUCUUCCUGUAUCCCCUCUUCCUGGUGUUUAUCGAUGGAUCACAGCUGUGCAGCUGUGCACCACGUCUUCGUCGCUCUGAGCUCAUCGCAGUAUAAAGUCUGAUGUUAGUUAGAAGGUUAGAAACUAGGUGAUCAUGAACUGAGUUGAAGAGCAAACUUCCUGUUCGACGCUGUAACUUCCUACGAGCUUCUUGUCUUCUUACUUCCGUAUAUUUCACUUCUCUGGGAUCUUCGGUGCUGAGAACAAAGUGGCUCCUUGUAGAAUUUAUCAAACAAGUAUUCGGCUCAAAGUGCCUGUAAAAAUCUUGUCUCAGUAUUUUCAAUAAUUACAAUUCCACUAAUUUCAGGAGGAAAGUUCCCGUCGAAACGUUAAGCUGUGGACACACUCGGUUCUCUGCCCCGGAGAUCCCUCCACCCUCCAUCUAACAAGGCAAUCUGUUACAUCUGGUAAUAAUAAUUAAUAUUAAUGGGUCUGAGCUGCAGACUGUGUGUGAGGAAGGUGCAAUAAAAAACUAAAACUCUCGUCAGA